CCCAGCAGCUCUUGACAACUUUUCUCAAAAUCGAAGAGGAACUUUUCUUUCCUUCUUCAUCCACCCUUUCGACAACCCAAGGCAGAUUGACUACCUUUCGCACUCGCCAUGCCUCCCAAGUUCGAUCCCAAUGAGGUGAAGGUCAUUCACCUGCGUGUGACUGGUGGUGAGGUUGGCGCCCAGUCUGCGCUCGCCCCCAAGAUCGGUCCUCUGGGUCUGUCUCCCAAGAAGAUCGGUGAAGACAUUGCCAAGAACACUGGUGACUGGAAGGGUCUCCGUGUGACUGUCAAGCUCACUAUCCAGAACCGUCAGGCUGCUGUCUCUGUCGUUCCCUCCGCCUCUUCCCUGGUCAUCAAGGCCCUCAAGGAGCCCCCUCGUGACCGCAAGAAGGAGAAGAACAUCAAGCACACCAAGUCCAUCCCCUUCGAUGACAUCGUUGAGAUCGCCCGCCAGAUGAAGCACCGCUCCAUGGCCAAGUCUCUCCAGGGUGUUGUCCUCGAGAUCCUCGGUACUGCUUUCUCCGUCGGCUGCCAGGUCGAUGGCCGCAGCCCCAAGGAUGUCUCUGAUGACGUCAAGGCUGGCGAGAUUGACGUUCCUGAGGAGUAAAUUACUCUCUUGAACGGAAAAGAGGAGGACACUAUCUACUCUUGUAACAACAAGCACACCAGCUGAAAGAUGCGGAGCUAGUUGCAGAUUACGAUCGUUGCCUCAACCCCAAAAAAGACAUACCAUUUCAUGAGCUAUGACCUGAUACCUUGUUUUCUUCGUUCUCUCUUUUUGCGAGCAUCCGAAUGAACAGUUCGAUCGCCCGCGCUCUCCUUUCUCGUUCGUAUAGAUCCUCUUCUCCCUUUCUCCAUCUAACCUUCUGCUUCCUCUCGUUUCAUCCCCCCUUGGCGAUGAGGAUGUCGGAAGGCAUAUUCGUCACUGCAUGGUGCAAUUGGACCUUUCAUCGUCCUAUCUCUGAGUCUCCCUCCCGGGAACCGUUACAACACUCUGGCGCUUACCGUCCUCUCCCUGCGGGGUUUGGGCAUUAUUCCGAUGUGGUUUACGCUUAUUUUAAGUAACGAAGAGCAACCGACCCGCUACUCACCGCGGUAACUUGGUGGCAUUUAUGUCGCUGUGGUUACAGUGGUCCAUAUUUGUGGUCUACAUCUCUAUACCAAGAACUUGUUGGUUCUAGUUUCGUAGUCGUAAGCCUUUGAUUGUCCAAAUGAACAUUUUUUUGCCAUCUCAU